GGUUGUUCAGCAGUAUACUAAGAAGCAAAGGGAUGAAAUAGCUGAAAUUGAGCAAUUAAUGGCAAAAAUCUUGAAGCAUGUGGAAAGCCAAGCAUUAGAAGCUGAACACUUUCUCAAUGACGAUGGAACUCCCAACAUUGAACGUAUAAAAGAAAUCUUCCAUCAGUAUGAUAGUGAUGGGAACAAUUCCAUAACACGGAACGAAUUGGAAAAAUUAAUACGAUCAGUCAAAUAUGAUGAAGUGCAACUAAAUAGCGAUGAUUCAGUCAAGAAGGUGAUGCAAGAUUUUGAUACAGAUCGCAAUGACAUGAUCGAUGAACCUGAGUUUGUCGAUGGAAUGACAAGAUGGAUCAAUGAGGCUAUUCGUGUGACUAGUUGUAAGGACAAGAAAAGGGCCAUCGAUGAAUAUGACAAGAUUAUGUGGGGUAAAGUUGAAAAAUUGGUGUAUGAUGAGGGUGAAAAAGACGGAAAGAUCAACUAUAAGUUGUUGACAUGGGAUUUUAACAAGUCUAUAUUUGAAGUGAUUUUGGGGAUUGCAAUGCUGACUUUAUGCUCAAAACCACUAGUAAAAAAUAUUCAAAAGUUGUCUGAAACUAUUGGAAUACCUUCUUUUCUCAUCCCCUUUGUGAUAGUACCAUUGGCUCUAAAUGCAAGAAUGGCACUAGCAGCAAUCUUUCCAGCUAGCCAGAAGAGCUCAAAAACUUCUUCUUUGACAUUCUCUGAG